UUAAAAUUUGACAGAUUCUGUAAUAAUAAUUAUUGAAUCAAUGAAUAGAAAAACAUGCAGUUAAAUAUGAAGUAUUUAACCACUCAACGAUACAGAAUGUUAUAGUUUCAAUAAAAUUUUAAGCACUUAACUUUAAGAGGUAGUUUGUUAUCAUGGCUAGACCAGAAACACUAUGCAAUCAGUCCUUACUAGAGGCGGGCGAUAGAAGUCUCGAUAGGACAAUUGGUGAGCCCGGGGAUGUUAAAACGCAAUUUGUUACAAGAGAAGGUACCUACAGACUUUUAACGCUUAGUGAAUAUUCACGACCAAAUAGAGUGGGAUAUCAACCACAAGGCCAAACACCUCCACAAGUACGUGUAUCCCUUGUAGGGCUUCCUGAACAAGGAGAAAGAAUAUGUUUUAACCAUGGUAGAGAACUAUAUGUAUAUGUUUACAAAGGAAUCAAGAAAGCAGCCGAUUUAAGCAAGCCUCUUGAAAAGAAGGUAUAUAAAGGUACAAAUCCAACUUGCCAUGAUUUUAAUAGUACAUCUGCUACAAGUGAAAGUGUAAGCUUACUCAUUGGUUUCAGUACGGGUCAAAUACAAUUAAUAGAUCCAAUAAAAAAAGAACUUAGUAAAUUAUUUAAUGAAGAAAGGUUUAUUGAUAAAACAAGAGUUACUUGUUUACGCUGGGUACCCGGAAGUAAAUCUUUAUUUUUAGCUGCUCAUGCAUCAGGACAAUUUUAUGUUUAUAAUGAAGAAUUGCCUUGUGGAUCAGCAGCUCCUCAUUACCAGCCCUUCAAGGCUGGGGAAGGCUUUUCUGUAAAUACUUGCAAAACAAAAUCAACAAGAAAUCCUCUAUUUAGGUGGUUGUUAGGGACUGGUGCAGCCAUAAAUGAACUUGCCUUUAGUCCUAAUGGUACCCAACUGGCUGUAGUAUCACAAGAUGGUUUACUAAGAAUAUUCCAAUAUGAUAGUAUGGAACUUUUAGGAUAUGCUAGAUCUUAUUUUGGUGGACUUUUAUGUGUAGCUUGGUCUGGUGAUGGAAAGUUAAUAGCUGUUGGGGGAGAAGAUGAUUUAGUUACUGUAUACUCAAUGGAACAGAAAAGGGUGGUGGCUAGAGCUCAAGGACAUAGAUCCUGGGUCUCUGCUGUAGCUUUUGAUUGGUACUUAGAGGUGGAGUCAUGUUACAGGCUGGGUUCAGUAGGUCAUGACACUCAAAUAUGCCUUUGGGAACUCCCUGAAGAUAAUAUAGUACCACCGCGACCAAGAGUGAAAAGAAGGCCAGAUCCGCUUCAGUUGGUAGGAACGCCAGCUUGUCCACGAUUAGAUGAGUGUCCAAACCUUGAACCAUUAGUUUGUAAGAAAAUUGCUCAUGAACGUUUAACGGCUCUCGUAUUUAGGCCUGAUUGUAUUAUAACUGCGUGCCAAGAUGGAUAUGUAUAUACUUGGGCACGUCCUACGACAUAAGACUAGACAUAAGUGGGUCAAUUCGUUUCAGAUUAGUAUUUUUUUAUGUAAUGGUUGACAAAAGUUAAAUGUUUGGAAUUCGUGGCUUAUAGAUUUUCAGAUUUAAGAUUGUGUCACUAUCACACUUAUAGUUUAAAACAAAAGUGAUGUGACUCAGAUUUUGUUAUUUUAAAAGUGAUUAAAUAUAAAGUAAUCCGUUCAAAAAUAAGUACCUCAUCGGAUUAUUAAGCUAUAGGGUAAGGUGUAAUUUGGACACCUUAAAAAGAAAUUACGAUAUAUUGGACGUUUUCCAUAACAAGAUAUUUUUUUGUGUUUUCUACUUUUUUAUUCUAAUUAAUAUUACAUCCCAGAAUGGAGAAAAUAGGUAUAAUUACAUUAAAAAAAAAUAAUUCCGAAUAAAAACUUUAUGUGUAAUCGUGACUUUCGCCGUUUGGCUUUGUUUGUCGUGUAAUUUGGUUUUACUGGUUUUUAUGUAAGAAAAAAUGAUAAACAUUUAAAGUUAAAUUUUAUUAAUUCUUAAGAUUAAAAAACACUUAGUAUUUGACACUUAUCGCAGUAAUAAUAGUUAGCAUCAGUUAUAUUGACACAAACAUUAUGUACCCAUACAUGUUUGGUAUCUAAUCCACUCUUCCUCCACAAAAAAGACAAUAAGUUUUUUGCCAGUGUUACAUUCGUAUUUUGUCUUUCUUUUAAAUCUUCAAACCUUUUUCUUUAAGAGCUUACAGUUUUUGUUCUAAUUCGCUUUCACUGCUUCCUGCCAACACUACAUCUUCAGCAUACAUUAAGCAGUAAAAAAUAUGGUUUAUAGGGUGUUGCAUACAUGUAUAAGUAUAAUAUACCUGAAAAAGUAGUUCUGUUUUUCUUUCGAUAUAUUGCAUACGAAGGUAAAUGGUGAAUCAUUUCCACCGGAACAUAGUUCAGAGUCUGUAUAGAUUGGCUUUUUUUAUAGGUUUGUAUCAUUAGUUAAUGAAGUGGUACAUUCAAACUUUUUAAAUGGACUAGUUUUCAAAAAAGAUUUAUUUUACAGGACUGAUUGUGAUGUAGAUUGCUUCGUUUCGUCAGAAAGUACAUUAAUGGUUCUUGAUGGUAAAGUGGGGCUUUCACGUUCCGAUUUGAAGUCCCCCUUAGUAGGGACUACUAGUUGGAUAGUCGGCUCCACUCACACUCCGACUUGCUAUCAAAAAGUGGCAGCAGCAUUGUGCUGGUUAUCCUGACGAUUUGAAUAGAAGGAAAAAUAUUUUGAUGAAAAAAAAAAUUAUUCGUUGAUCGUGUAAACCAUUGUAUCACAAAGCUGCUUAAUGUCAUUGAUGAGGAUGAUUACAGAAACUACCGCAGAACGCUAUAUUGUCAGUGUUUUCGUACUUCAAAAUCACAUUCAGUAGGUGUUGUUGAGCUGUUUUCCGCGCAUUUCGGUUCGCGUAUACGAACAGAGGACUACUAGUCUUCCACAAACAGAGACUAUUUCUGUAAAUAUUAAUGAAUCCAGAAAUUCCUUCACUGUUCAAUACGGAAGGCGUGCAGUAGGUCAAGCUCUUACUAAGGAAAGUUUUGAUCCGAUUUCCGACUCCUCCAUUCACGCUCUCACUCGCACUAAGUAGGAACUAUAUAUCGGAACGUGAAUGCCCCGCUUAAGGAAGUAUUAAACUCUGUAACAGUCACUUUGGCCUCACUUUGAUCUGAUUUGAGCUGUUGUUCGGAUACAGCUGCAAAAUCUGCGUCGUUGAACACAAAACGGUCGCGAGGUCAUAAUUAUGUUCUUCUAAAAUUAUUCAGAGCAGUUUCAAUAGUAACUUCAGAUGUUAUCAACAGUUAAACUUUUUCUUGGCCUUCAUAUAAUUUUAUUGUAAUUAUUAAAGUAAAGUAGAUAUUUAGUAAUUUGAAGAAUCCGACAUCUUAACGUUGCAUCUUAUGCGUGCAGUGUGGAGGGAAUGAAAUGAUUAUAACAUCGUCUUCACGAGUUAAUUCUAAAGCUUUCAUGUUCUGAGUAUGACUACUGUGUCCAUCCUUCCUCAUUUUAGAUGGUUUGACAUAACUAACAAAGUUGCUCUAACCAAUGAUAAAAUCCUUCGUCAUCCAUACGUCUUGAUACUUAAAGAGAGUUCUGAAGGUGCCCCAUAUUUUCAACUCUCUUUCAUGCGUUUUUUGGCAAUUUAGAUGUCAGCGAAGCCAUUGCGUACAUUUUAGACAUUAUGGCACCUAUCUAGUUUUCCUUGUUGAGCGAUUAUUUUCUGUGGCUUCUGUAUAACAGUAUGAGAUGUCCAAUUGGCAUUAAAGACAUGAUCUACAGUAAUACCAUUUUUCUUAAUUACUUGCUCAUAAAGGUCGAGAAAGUUAUGAACCACCGUUUUAUUAAAUCCUGCAGCUAGAGAAGUUGCUUCAGAUAGACGUAUACUUAUGUUUGGAUGUCGUUUUAUGAAGCCUGCGUACCAUUCUUUACCAACUGACUUGUGUUCAACAUUAAAUCUUGUUUUAAUAUUAUUUUUUUCAUCUACUUCUUAAGCUAGUUCCAUUAGUCUUUCAAGUGUAGCCAUAAAACAUUUUUUCUAACUGAAGAAUGUGAUGAGCAAGAUCUUUUUCCAGUGUUGAUGGUAAAUCAGAUUGCCUUCCCGUUAUAUAACUGCAUUCAGAAAAAUAUUUGCUUUUUUUGCCAUUUUUCCGUUUAAAGUUGUGUUUCAUUGCCGCAUCCAUGUUUUAGAGUUUCCAUUUACCAUAAACCCCUUUACUUCUUGUAACAGCUUGAGUCGCCAUCCUUAAAAUUAAAAAUAAUAUUUUGUAGUUCAAUACGUGUCAUUUGCACCAGGACCAAAUUACAUGUAUUCAAGUGGACCAAUUUAUACAAUGUUAAAUGUUUCCGGAAUAUUAUUUUCUCCCUAUUUCUAUUCUGCAAGAUCAUCCCAACCCAAUUUUUUCAUUAUUUACCUCCAUCUACAUAUUUUUUAACUUCUGGUUAUUUGUUUCCGAAUUGUAGCUUCAUCAUCAUCAUUGACUCCACAACCCAUGGUGGGUCUUUGCCUGCUCAAGGAUAAGUCUCAAUUUUCUCCUAUUCUUCGCCUGGGUUUUCCAGUUUCGUAGUCCCAACAUUCUCAAGUCUUCCUCCACCUGAUCCUUAAAUCGUGCUCUGGGUCUGCCUGUACUUCUCACUCCAUCUAUUCUUUGGAUAUAAAUAUGUUUUGGCGGCUCCAUCUCAUUCAUUCUCUCUAUGUAAUCUAACCACCGCAGCCGGUUUAUUUUGAUGGACCUAAUAAUAUCAGGUUUGUCAUACGGGUAGGAAUUGUAGUUUACUGCUUUCAUUAUCAUUAAUGUUAAUUGGAGUCACGUUAUUUUAUUACUUUCUUACCUUGUUUAUGUGUUUUCCAAAUUUUUCCAUUUAAAAAAUUUUCUAUCAUUUAGCAUAUUUAAAUAUGAUCACCUUUAAUCAGAUUUUUUUUCUAUCCCUAGAUCAAUUCCGAGCCAUAGUUAUAAUAUAUCGCAACAAGUAUCUGAUCUUAAAGAAGAGCUGCAAUUGUUGACAAAAAGCUAAUUUUGUUUUGAUAAUUUCCAGGACAGUUAGUAGAUUAUUUUAUUUUAGAUUAUAUUUUAUAUAUUUACGUAGUAAUAUAUUAUAGAGUAUUUAAAACAGGCAUUUAUAUAGCUGUGUUCAUGUCCUACUACUGUACUCGAUAUUUUUAUGAUAUAAAUAUAAGAAUUGAGCUUACUCUAUAGAUUUCAGAUCAAGAUUUUUUAAUCUUCCAUAGUCGUUUAUGAAGUCUUCCGUUCUUGAUAUACUUAUUUAUUCUAUUAACAAAUAGUUAAUUCCUGCCAUAAUUUAACAUCUCAUGCAACGUUGCCAAGUUUGGAAUAUAUUUCCAAAUCCCUGUAACUUCAUUUAACCUUUAUUUCUCUUUUUUUUUUCGAAAAUACAUGUUAUUAAUAAUCUGAAGUAAAUGAAGCAUUCGUGAGUGAUUUCUCGUUUAAAAGUUCAGCGUAUAUGUUGUAAUUUGUAUUUUUGUGUUUUUCUAUUAGUUAGUACACUAAUAGGAAGAUUGAAGCGGCAAGUCGGCAACGGACACGAAUAUUCUUCAUGUACCAUAUCCUUUCAGAACGUUGGUUAACAAGCUAUCUUAAUUUUAUUCACUAACACCCUAAAUAUCAUGCUUUUAUCAAUAUCAACCAAACUCACAAUUUCUUCAACCAUAAUGUCUUUCUUCAUCCUAGACUGCGUUUUCCUGCUAUCUUCCGUUGCAUGAUAUUUUGUAGCAAUCUAUAUUUACAUGUCCGAAGUACUCCAGUAGUCGCUUUCAGUAGUCUUGCUGUGACGUUGUGGUAUUGUAAAGUUUUGAAUCUUUUGCACCCAAGAAACUUCUUCUAUAGCACCACACUUCGAACACCUCAAGGCGAUUUAGAUCAUUUUUAUUCACAGUCCUAGACACCAUAAAGUAAGGCCGAGAACAUGUAGUAGCGAAGUAGGUGGAUCCGCAGUGUCAAUUUUAGGUGUCUGUUACAUAAUACCUUGGACAUCCUUCUAAAAGGAUGACUGGAUGGACACGAAAGACUGGCUAAAUAGAUUAAGAAAGAUCGAGGCCUAACUAGGAUUGUAUUAUCACUGAUUAUGAUGUAGAAGGAUGCGACGGAAGACCUACUUUAUUUUAAAAAAGACAAACAAAACGUCUUGGUGUUAGUAUCAUUAUUUUUCUUGUACCUAGAGGUACAACGAAAGUUAUUUUAAUUACUUUUUAGACAUAUAAUUCCAAGGUGAUAUCUGAUACAUACAUUUGAAGAGUCGAAAUCGGAACUUCCGAUUCACGUUUUCUAUUAUAUGUGUGUUUAUGUUGGUAAUCAAUAUAACAUCUGUUUAGCUUUUUUGCGCUGUUGCAGAUAAGAUAAAGAUUGCCAUGAUGAUCGGCAACAUUCGUAACGGAUAGGCACAUCAAGAAGAAAAAAGAGGAAUGUUCGCAAUGACAGCAUUCGGCGAGCGUAGGUCACCGAAGAUCGCCUGUCAAAAAGAUGAAGCGGUCAAGGAAGUGUUGGGGCAAAAGAGUAAUCGACGAGUGUGCUGUUAACUGUGACUUUCGUUUCUUAGGAACAAUACAUCCCCCACAUCCAUUUUAUUUGUAAAUUUUGGAAGAAAAAACGCCCCAGCAUAUUAAUUAAAGUAUAAAUAAAGCAAUCUGCAUGCCAACAUGCACUGUAUGUUUAAGUGCAGAUCGCUUAGAGGAUCUCAAAACCUCCUUAUCUGAAUGGUUUUUGAAAGGUCUUGCUUAUUUUUGCAUACACGAUCUGUAUGCAUGAACGGGUCUAACUAUUGAACAAUAUGACAAAGUAUUGUCAUUAAGUUAACUAUAAAAAAAUAGGCUGCGCCUUUUCGAAUAUGCACAACCUUUCUCCAAAGAUUGAUAGUAUCCGUGUGUCGCACGUCUCAACUAAGUAAACAAGAAGGGAGUUAUUAAGUGACUCAUAAAAUUACUAUUAAUUGUUACAAUUGAAUCAUUACGAAAAAAAAUAGACUGAUCAGCUUUUACUUAUUCUUAAUUGAACAGGUAAUGUCGAUUAUCUAUAAGCAGAUUUUCCAAUAAAUAACAGUCCUAUUAAAUAUAGCAAUUUAUAUUUGCUAGAUUUCCGAAUAAAAUUUUAGUUUGAUAUGGAUUG